UUGCUCCACUCUGUGAAUAUCAACUUCAUUUAUACAAUUUGGUUUGCCUCAAUUAAGUUUCACUGACUUCUGAGAUUAUUUAAUGGGAGCAUGCACCCCUCAGCCACCAAAAAUAACUUCUCAGAAAACAGCCCAACAAACUGAUGCUAAGAAGCACCAGACAGCUAAAAAAAGUAGUAAGUAUGAUCAGGAACCCCUCUGCAUUGAAGUCAGCAACCCAAUCACAAGUGAAAAGCAUUAAUACAGAUAGUGCAAGAAGGAACGCAAAUGUUAAAAUUACAUCUGAAACUCCAAAUAUUGCUCAAGAAAAUCAAGCUUUAAAGAGGCAAAAACUUGAAGAGGGGAAGGCUAUACAGCAUGACCUGAGGUUCGUGAAUCAGCAGGGUUGGCAUUUAGCACUCUCUACAUGACUGCUGGAAUGCAAGCAAUUGAUGAGAUUGUUCUGGCACUUCU